CCAGCAGUUCAUCGUUCUGCACUCUGCAGUCAGGGACUUCUCGUUCAUCUCGGGCCUGGCUUAGCAUAAACUUCGGGAAUAUUCUGGCCAACAUGUUAUCUUCUGCCUCCUGUCCGCCCUGCUGGACUCUGCUGCUGCAGGUGCUGCUGGUUUCUUCCUCUGGAGAUCAACUAUUCGGUGAGGUGAGCAUAAUUGCUCGCCCUAGAGACGACGUGACUUUACCGUGUCGAGCACCAGGGCAAUCCCCUAUCAGAGCUGCAGAGUGGAGCAGGCCUGACAUGACGACACAGUACGUCUUCUUCUACAGGGACGGGCAGGCUGAUAACACCUUUCAGCAUCCCUCUUAUAAGGACCGGGUGGAGCUGGCGGACAGCAAGGUGAAAGAUGGCAACCUGUCAUUAGUGCUGAAGAAUGUGAUGCUCAACGACUCUGGAACAUACGAGUGUCGAGUUAAACAGGAAGCCACGAAACGCACGACGAGACAUGUUAUUAAGUCCGAGCCCAUCAGCAUCGUCAAAGUGACCGUUAUACAAUCACGUGGUGCAGUUGAACCUAUUGGAGGACACCUGGUUGGACAUGUCGGGCUGGUAGUGGGGCUGGUGCUGAUGGCUGUCAUUUGAUUUGUGGGUGGUGUUAUGAUGUACAAGAACGUUAAAGGAUCCUUACGGUACACCACUUUAUUUGCCCCAAGCUAGGGCUGCAUAAUAUAUUGUUCAGCAUCGUCAACGCUAUCCGACUUUUAGGAGGGUUCGCAGGGUUCUUGAAAAUAACUGAAGAACAGAUAAAAAACACUGAAACAGUGGCUUUGGGUUUGAAAAGAAAAGCAACUUUUGUAUUAUACUGGUGGAAAGCUACUCUUUUAAAUAAAAUAUGGUUGCUGCAUUAAAGCUCGAGAGGGUAGUUUACACUCAAAAAAGUCUUCAGACCAAAAAUAAAUAUUUUAGCUAAUUUAUUUUCCAACAAAAUCAAUGCAAUAAUUCUAACAUGCCUAAAUAAUUUCAAAUAGAGCAACUGAAGUCAUCUGGUAAAAACUCCUUUGUUUUUUCAUAUCGCAGAAAAGAAAAAUAGUGCAGUCUCAGAUUUUUCCAAUAUCCUACACUAAGCUAUGAAUACCUGCUUUUCCACUGUGGCCUCACCGCAGCCACUCAGAAUUCUCCAUUCUGAUUGGCUGGCAAAUGUCCAGUCAUUUCUCACAACCAAUUAAAGGGCCAGUGUUAUCAAAGACAGCAGCAGUGAGGUUUAGCUGAAUAGCUAGGAGCUGGGGUUAUUUAUGUAACAAAUAACAUACAACAGGUACAGUGAAGUUGAACUUCUAUGGGAAUUUAAAAUUCCGUUAACGGCUGAAAAUUCAUUUAUCAAGCAGCGAUUGUGUUUAAUGUGGAGGUGACUAACGGUCCGAGGAGUAAUGAAGCUGCAGCCUGCAGGCGUGAGGGAUGUCUGCAGGGGCCGGCUUUGAGAGAGAGAGUAUAUCCAUGGUGUAGAUCUGUCUCUGUGAGGAACAAGCUCAGCUUCAGACCUCCGGAGUGAGGGCACUUUUGGAAAGUGAGGGUAUUUCCUCACUUUGCCUUUAAAGGACUUGGUUUGAAGUUUCAGGUUAGAAUCAUACAGAGGCAAAUCACACAUCGUGCUGGUGAUGGUGGUGCAUCUCAACCACUGGGAUUUAAAGAGGUCGAGUUCCUCUCCUUGUGCUGUUACCUUGUCGUGGUGGGGAGGCUUGUGUUACUCCAAAACCCUGAGAGCUGGUGGGAGUUUGAGCUGGGUUGCUCUCAGGUGAGGGGCAGACGAAAGACAGCAUGAUCGGUUUGGGCAAUUGACCCUUUGCUUACCCCUUAGUUACUGUUGCUAAGUCCGACAAACUGUCGGCGCUGCCGCUGUCCAUUACUGCAGUUUUGUCAAAUUUGUUGUAAACAGUUUUGCAGUUGCAUUAUAGAUUUGAAGGUUGUAUUCAGGCUGUCAAACUGACUCAAACGGACGUGAAAAAAAUUAAAGAUAGAAGAUAAAUCACACAGUAGGCCUACAAGUGAACCACCACAUCCCCCGACGAUUAAGACAAAAGACAACAAUAUUAAGGCCGACCCAGCUUCACUAUUCCUGUAAAGCUGGGUAGGCCUCUGUUCAUUAUUACAAUCAUUAAAAAGCAGAACAGUAGGGUGAGGGGUGGGGUUAGGGUUAUUUUUCUGGAUUUAUUUUAGGUUUUGGAAAGAGAAUAAAUCUCCUUUCAACCUCUCUGGGUAGCUGCUGUAACUAUUACAAGUGCCCCAGGAACAGCGUUUGACCAUAUGUUAGAAAAAUACAGCCAAGAAAAGCUAGAAAACGACUCUUUUUGCAUUAGAGUCAAUGGAGCGCAUCCAUGAACGUGUCGGACCUCAGAUAGAGCGAAACCUAUACUGCGCUGUGUUUAGCCAGCUGUGUGUUCGGGGUGUGGCUUCGCAAUUAAUUUGGCAUCAAUUACUGACACUGCUGAAACAGCAAAAGGGUCAGCCCCUGGACACCACGGGCUGGUUCAGCCUGGGCUGGGCUGCCUGGGAAAGGAUGUCUUAUGUUGAAACACCCGAGGACUACAUGUUUUAUCACUAUGUGUGUAAGAGUAAGUUUUGACUUGUGUGCCUGUUAAUGAGCCAGCCGGCUUAAUGAGAGCUUAUGAAAGGUGUGUUGACAGCUCCGAAAGAUGGCCCCAGGACGAUGAAGUUCACAAGAAUAUGUUUUCUCCUUACUGUUACACACAGAGAAAUCAAGGGUACGAAUGUUGUACCCGAGCAGGGUACGAGGAGUGUACCUUUGAACGGUGUUGUUCUUGUCUGUACCUCUAAAAGAACAUUUUUGCACCCUUAGUGACAAAAAAAGCGACUUACAAUUGUUAUAUAUUUCAGAGGUCGCACGCCUCUGGAGCAACUAGGGGUUAAGUGUCAGGGGCACAAUGGUGGACGUGUCACAGUGGGAAUUGAACCCGGGUCUCACACACCAGAGGCAUGUGUGUUAUCCACUGGGUCUGCAUCAUUUGCCUGUACAUUAAGUUUAUUAAAAGGACAGUUAUGUACCCUUUGCUGUCAGCAAUGAUGCCGUACCUUCAAAAAUAAACAAAGGUCCACGGUUAAAACACCCUUUCCGUAACUUACAGGGUCCUUUUUUGAAAAAUGGAUCUGUAGGGAACAGAAAUGAUACCCCUAUUCUCUGUGUGUGUUGGCCUGGUCCUCAGUACUCGGGCCCGCCCGUCCACCUCCUUACUCAGACAUGACGCUCUGGGGCGCCACAGUGCGUAUCAAACUGACUCCUUACGGGUCUUGACCAUGCGUACAUAUGUGAGCAGAACGUGUUUGACGUGUGUGUUUUACCACACUAAUGCUAAUAUUAAACUUUUAUCCUAGAAUUAUUAUUAUUAUAAUUCCCUUUUUAAUAAUUACAAAGACAUAUAAGGUAUUAUUAACACCGAUCAGCCAUAACAUUAUGACCACCAGCUUUUCCAUCAAAACAGCCCCGAGCCAUCGAGGCCUGGACUCCACUGUGUGGUCUGACACCUUUCUACCAGAACCGGCAUCACUUUGACCGUCUGUUGGAUCGGAUCACACGGGCCAGCCUUCGCUCUCCACAUGCACAGGGUGCAAAAUUUACUUUUUUGUCUACCAGCCAAUGGCUGGUGAAUGCUCAAAGUGUACCCGCCACUCAACAGAUUCCCAUUGUUUGUUGGCUGGUGAGUGAAGGAAAUCUGCCAUUUCUCUGGUGGCUGGUGCAAAUUUUAAACUCUGCACAUGCAUCAAUGAGCCUUGGACACAUGAGCCUGUCGCUGUUUCACCAGCUUUUCCUUAAUCGGACCGCUUUUGAUCGGUACUGACUCCUGCAGACGGGUUUGGAGAUGCUCUGACCCAGUCGUCUAGCAGUCAGAGUCUGGCUCCUGUCAAAGUCGCUCAAAUCCUCAUGCUGCCCAUUUUUGCUGCUUCUAACACAUCAACUCUGACGACACAAUGUUCGCCUACUGCCUGAUACGUCCCACCCACUCAGUGUUAUUCUCUUCACCUGCAGUGGUCAUAAUGUUACGGCUGAUUGGUGUAUGUUGUUAUGAGAGGGGUUAGUAGUUCUUUCAGGUAGGAGGGGGGAACAUUUCCAAAGAUGUACUGGUGGGUGAGGAGAGAGACCUUGCAGCACUGUGCUGAAUAUACUGCAGACUCUUGUUAGGGAUCCUGACGAGCAGUGCGGUACAGUAAUUGAGUGUUGAGGAGACAAAGGGGGUUUUCAGCAUCAGCGGUGGUGAAACAGAGUUUUGCAAUAUUUCUUAGAUGAUACAAAGAGAAUCUGCAGAGGUUUUUGAUAUGGGCUUCAAAGGUGAGUUGUGGGCGGUCAUGACCAGAGAUAGUUAUACUGGUUAUGGAGCUUGACUGGACUUGAUGUGAGUUGCCAACAAGAACUGCCUCAGUUUUAGAGCUGUAAUACUCGAAGAAGUUCUGUUUCAUCCAGACCUUUAUCUCCUCCUGACAAGAAGAGAUUAAGACGGAGAUGAUGUUGGUGAGGCUGUAGAGGUGUGUGUGUCCGAUUUCAUGUACAGUUGUGUGUCAUCAGCAUAACAGUGAAAUGAGACUCCAUAGCAGCUAAUGACUUGGCCGAGGGGGGAGGAUGGAAAUGAUGAAGAGGAUCGGGCCAAGAACUGACCCCUGGGGGACCCUGCAGGAAACUGUUUGUUGCAGGAACCUUGCACUUCCAAGUGAAAUGUACUCUGUUCGGUCAGUGAGUCCAGGGGUUUAGUGUAGCCUGAGGAGUAUGCCAACGAUCCACAUCGAAUGCUGUAGACAGAUCGAGGAGAAUGAGCUGCCAUUCGUAGGUCGUUUGUGACUCCACCCAGGACUGUUUUUGUGCUGUGAGCAGAGCGGAAACCAGACUGAAAGUUUAAAGAAAAGGGUGUUAUGUUUGAGAUUAUGUUGGGAGAUUGGUAAUGUGCCUGUAAUUAGCAAAUGCAUCUGGAUCAAAGGUGGGUUUUUAUGAGAAGUCUUCGGAUUAUCGUGACUCGUAAGUCAUCAUCAGUCUUUGAACUAAAGAGACCCGAGAAGGGAAUCUGUCGUGCUAGACUGUUUUUAUGUUGUUUUUGAGAACUUUUUACGAGGUGACAUGUUGAAUCCUCGGUUGAUAUGGUAACGGGAACCAAGUAACGUCUAUGAAACUUUUGCUCUGUCAAAAAACAUCCGAGUUGUCUUUGGGUCUCUUUAAGACGUACUUAUGUCAAAAAUCAGGACUGUGAAAUUAAUGAAAGCCCUUUGACUCGCUCAGCUCGGGAAUGACAUUAAUAUCAUGACAAGCGUGCAGUGAAACGUUAUUGGAUUGGUGGAGGUCAAUAACUACUUUACUGCUUUUUACUACAAGUCCCAAUUUAUUUCUAUACGGUUUGUUCUUUAUUGUUUAGUUCUGUAAACAUUCAGUACACUUAGUAAAGACCGUUUGAGUUUUUGCCAGCCACAGCUUACCGGUCAUAUUAUAGACACAACUAUACUCAUGAAGUAGUGAUUAUAAUUAGUAAUGAGAGUCAUCCAUGACCAGCAGGGACGACUCAUGAAGAAAGUGGUCGAUACGUUGAUUUACAGAUAUUCAUGUUGUUACAUAAUUAGAUAUCAAACCAGGAUCUUCCAGUUCUUUACCUCUCACACGCUUCUCAGAGCCUGACAUGCCCCUCACACCUGCAGGCUGCAAUUUCAUUGCUCCUCCUCCUCCUGGAUCUCCUCGUCAAACACGCUGCGCCUGUUGUAUUUUACUGGUUACAUAAAUAACCCCAGCUCCGAGCUCUUCACUGCUGCGGUCUUUGAUAACACUGCCGCUUUAAUUCAAAACUGCAAACAAACACGAACAUCACAGUUUGCACGGCGUGGUUGUGAGAAAUGGAUGGUAGCUCAUCGGCCAAUCAGAAUGGAGAGAGUCUGAAUGUGUAGAAAACCUGCUGAACCACAGGAGCUGUUAAAGUCCAGGAGUUUGUAACUUAACAUGAAUGAAUUUAUCAUUAAUGUAAAUUGGAGCCACAUGCUCACAAGGUUCCUUUCAUUUCAACAUCGGUGGGGGACGCAUGUCAAUGGUGGGGAGGGUCAUCAACCUAGAAGAUUUUGAGCCUUAAACACUUUAAUUCCUGCAUCCUGCACCAACUUCUAAACUUAUGCCUUUUGGUUUGUGUUUUCUCUCACUAAUUUGCAGCUCACUGUUAACUGUGUGAGCAAAUUCAAUGUUCAUAUUUUAAUUACUGCUGGGGAAAGCAGUUUGUGUUUUUAGCGAUCUGUUAAAUCCUGAAUACAUUGUGAGUUUUUGACUUGAUGUUUUACAUGAAUGAACCAAAUAAGUCUUUGUUGUUGCUGGUUUCCUAUAAAGUCAACACUGUCAGUUUCUUCUCAACAAGUUUUAUUGGUUAAUUCAAAAAAACUGGUUGAACCAGAACUUAACCAAAUUUUUCUCUGUUGAAUUCUGACUUCUUUAAAUGUAGAAGUAAACUUCUAUAAAACUAGUUAUUGUUCUAUUUUGUCUCUUUGAUGUUGAAAAGAGGAUCAUUUAUUUAAAGAAAAAGAAAAACGAGUUCAGCAGAGCAAACAUGUCUGACGGUUUUGAUUUUUGUAGUAUACUAAAAGAAACCAAGUGUUCCAUCGUGCUCUGAUAACCAAAACCUUUGCUUCUUAGAAAAAGUGUUCAGUUUUUGGAAAUAAUGAUGUUCAAUCGCUAAAAAUGUGAUUAAAUUACAGUUACUUGUUUAUCAAAUCAUUCUUUGAUAACUGAAAUAGACUAUUACAUUUUAAACGGGGUAACUUGUGAUCGUUACUCUGUUACAGUGACUACUAAUGAAAUGUUUGGUUUUUUUUAUUGUCUUAAGUAUCAGUAACUCUAAAUAAAACCCAUAUCUGCUGAGUGCA